AUGUUGCCAGGUGUGACUGCGGCGAUGGCAGCCAGCACAAGGGCCUCAACUUCCAAAGUCACGCUGGAAGCAUCCAUCCCAUUCGCGGUACGACACCGCAGCCCUCAAACGACGACUUGCCGUCUUUGGUCUCGCCGGCACUUUUCGAGCUGCCGUACUUGGCGCUCUGUACCCAAACCUUCUCCUCCACAACCCCAAACGUCAGACGUUAUAUCGACGUCAAUACGCUCGCUCAUGCGCGAAUCUGCACAGCCUGUCGCACUGGUUACUACCUUUCUCCCACCUACCAAAUCCUCGCAAAGGCAGCUUCAUGCAGCGACACUAUCGAGCUUCACAUCGAUCUCGUUGGAUCCGAACCUGGUUUGUUUUUCGAUGAAGACGCCGAGUAAGCUAGCCGAUGCUCUGGCGUCGCAUGUCUCGCGUCGAAGUCAAGCUGGUGGAGAGGGGGUGGAUUUUGUGGUCAAUGUGCUGUCGAGGAGUCAGGCGGAUUUGGCUGCUGCGUAUGCUGUUCCAGGCACACCGCCGCUGGAUUACUCAGAAACGAUCCAAAAGGGCGAGCAGGAUCACCCGUUGAGACAAGCCGGGUUGGUGCAAGUGCACCUGUAUGGGGAAGCGGUUCCAAUGGUCAAUGGCUCAUUGGGUGCUCUGGCAUGUACCGUCGUGGAAAGCAUAGACCUGGAUCGAUAUAGAAAUGCCGAUGGUGGGGAGCCAAUCCCAGACGCAAUCCAAGUCAGGAGUAGUCGACUAUACAUUGCUCGUGUCGUCCAUGUCUUCACGCCGACAGAUGCAUCUAGACAGCCGCUCGUGUAUCAUCGUCAGAAAUUUGUUUCGACCUCGAACAUAUCGUCCACUUGA